CUCCAACAUACAUUUCAGCACGGUAGCCAGCUUCACACCUGUCUCCAGCAUUCGCAAGCCAUGGGGCUUCAUGAAAUACACUCCUGCAAGACUCUCCACCAGCACCAUCUGCAGUUGCCUGCAUGUACGAAGUACAGUCCGCCUUAUAUGCGUACUAGUUAAUGGCAGGCUAAGUGAAAACUGACGCCAUACGCAAUGGCUCGCCAUUACAUCGCUAUACGUAUAAAGCCGGACACCAGUCCGUCGAAACUCGACACGACAAAACAUAUACACUCCAACCAACAUCUCCUUCUCCGUCGGCAUGACACGCACCUUGCUCCUCUUCGGCGCCGGUCCGGGCAUAGGCGACAAUGUAGCCGCAGCAUUCGCAUCCGCCGGGAUCGAGCACAUCGUCCUCCUAGGCCGCAACACGGAGCGUCUGCAGAACCAAGACGCUCCAUUUGUGCAAAAAGCCGCUUCGAAUGUCAAGGUCGACACUCUACGCGCCGACCUGAGCGACUUGAACUCCAUCCCCCAGGUGCUAAAGGAUCUGGAUGAUUUGACCGAAGGCGAAGAUGUGGAAGUCGUCUACUACAACGCCGCGCGAAUCAAGCCUACAGACCCCGUGCUGGGAGUUGUCGUGAAAGAGAUCGACGAAGAUUUCAGAACACAGGUCCUUGGUCUCCACAUGAUCGCCCAACACUACAUCCCGCGCUUGCAAGCAACCGCCAAGUCAAAUGCAGCUCUUAAGCCCGCGCUGCUCGUCACAAACAGCCAUCUCCCCUGGGAUCCUGUGCCGCAACUCAUCUCGCUCUCUCUUGUGAAAGGCGCGCAGCGCACGCAUGUUCUAUCGUUGAGCCGCGCGUUUGGCGGGACGGGCGUGCACUGCGGACUGGUCAAUGUGCAGGGCGUUGUGGAUCCGGGGAACAAGGUUUUGAGUCCGGAGAAUAUCGCGAAGGAGGUUGUGCGAUUUUGGAGGCGGGCGGAGGGUGUUGAAGUUAAUUUGAAGGAGGAGUGAUGUUUGUGGAGAUACAAUCAAGAUGGACAGUCGUCGCAAGUGAAGUAUGUUGGAAGUGUUCCUGCACUGUUGUAGAAGUCUGGAAUCAGGACUGUUGCUGCGUUCUGUUUCACGUCCCUCAUCUCGUUCGAGUAACUUCCGUAGCUUCAUAUCUGCUUUGGUUCGUAAAGCCGG